AUGUCGUAUCAGCAGCAAUUCCACACCAGGCUGCUCCAGCAGCUCAAUGAUACCAAUUCCAGGAAUCUCGAACUCCAGUGCUUGCUUGCUCAGAAAGACGAUCAACUCUCGACCCUCAACACCCGACUUUCGACUGCGCUUGUCUCGCCUGGUGCUGGUUCUGGGAGUCAGAGUGAUUCCCAGGGCCAUGCCAGUAUUGCAAACCUCCAGCGUCGCAAUGCCGACACUCAAAGGCUGCUUGACCACGCUCAACAAGCCGCUGCUGCUGCCGAAGGAAAACUGAAAAGUUCGACGAGCAGGUUCCAGCAGAUUGAAGCAGAUUUGCGGAAUCAAGUGAAUGAGUUGCAAACAGAGCUUCGUCAUUGCAAUCAGCAGCUGAAGAAUCGCGGCGGUGGUGGCGGCUCACAACAACCACACAAGAGUGCGCAGUGGACCGCUUCCACCGGCGUUGCGCCACGAGCAGAACUCGAUGCGGCGAAUGCUGAAGUGAAGAGGCUUCGAAGUGCAUUUGCUUCACUUCAGAAGCAAUUCGAGCAAGAGAAGAAAGAAGGUGGUCAACAUCGCAGAUUCCCAAUCGCAGACUCCGAGAAGUCGCGCCACAUCGAGCAUCAAGAUGACGAAGAAACAAUGCCCAGUCUCAAACAAGAGCAGGUGGAUAUCCCCUGCGCCCCUGUAGCUAGUGGACCAGCCCCUAAACAGAUACGUCAAUCACUCGCCCCGGGACCGCAUCGUGAAUCAACCCAUUCUCUCGUGGUUGCAGACUCGAAUGCGAGGCCAUUACAAGCACAGAAGCGAUCUCGACCUUCACUAUCAAAACAUGGUGCUCGAAUGUCUCCUGCUAAGAAAGCUCGAUCUGAGGUAGCUGAACAAUCCGACUCGAGCUCCAGCGCAGAAGCCACUGAAGACGAACUCGACAACGACGAAGAAUUUUCCCUUUCCACUGCACCCGCCGCCACUUCUCUACAGCAGAAGUCAAUCGUUCAUCACCCCGACGUCAUUAAAGACCUGCAACAACGCUUCGAAUUUCAAGCUGUGACCGAGCACUACCACAGUGGCGACAUCGACACCUUCCACUCCCGUGAUGAUCUCAGUGGUGAAUGUGCAGAACUCUGGGCUCGAAUCAAGAAGCAGGUCGAUGAGUGGGAGGAAGCCAAAGGCGAAGACUGGAGAUUCGAGUUUGAGAAGCCGGGGUAUAGGAUGGUCAAUCCUCCUUGCGUGACGACCAAGUUAAAGGGAAAAGGGGGAAAGAUGCAGUGGCGGGCGGGCUGCGAGGGCAAGUUUGCGUGCAAAAAAUGUGUUGCGGAAGAAAGGCCCUGUUUCACGUGGAAUGGAGAAGAGUUCUGGUUGUUACCGUUGCAUGAAGAGGACCGCAAGUGGAAAGUCGAGGCUGGGAGUGAGAUCCGAUAUUGGCUCAACGUUGAGUGAAGUGUGCUGCAAUGUCGGAGCGGCGGUAUUUUAUUGAUUCCGCGACUCCAGGGCGAAUAUGUGUCCAGACCCGUCCACGUUUGGUACACCGUAUCGAAAUGACUUUAUUAGAGACACAGCCGCG